AUGUCGCAAGAGAAGGACAACAAGAACGGAGAGCAGUUGCACGAUAUUCCACCGUCAUCAUCAUCAUCGUCAUCGUCAUCAUCAUCGUCGUCGUCCUCCUCGUCGGCGUUGUCUCUGGGUGGAUCGGUGGCGUUGAGCAGCAAGGGUCAUAGCUCGGUGACGAGGCAGAAGAGAUGGAAGCAGUUUGCGGUGCUGGUCGGAGUUGUUCUCGUCCCCAUUGGUAUCUGUUUGAUCUUUCUGCAGCUGCCGGCGGAUGAUGCGCUCGAGUUUUGCAUCUAUCGCAUGGGUGGCCUUGGACUCGUCCUGGGCGCAACUCAAGCGGCGGCGCUUUUCACUAUCCUCACCGCCAUCCCUUCCGACAGCACUGACGAUGCUGACGGUAGUGCAAGUCAAACGAGUCUGGAAGGAAGCAAUGCCGAUGGUGGUGAUGGUACCAAGCCUGGCAUUGUCCGGAUUGGCCUAGCUGGAGGUUAUGCGGUGGUGUACGCCGGAGUCCUCGCUGUGAGUGUCCACACGAUCGGAUACAGGCUGCUCACCACUUUCCACAAUGCGGUGAUUGUGGCAGGGCUGGGAGUGGCACAGGUUGCAGGCCUUGUUCUCCAUCUGGUAGCCAACGGGCUCGCGCCGAAGCGAAAGGGCGGGGCGGUGAGCAGCUCAACGGUGGCGGCGCUUCACGUUGGCCUGCUGGCGCUGUUUGGCCAGCUUGGCUUCUCGAUGGCGUUUGGAACAGUGUUUCUCAACGAUGUGCGGGCCGAGUGGGUCAAGGUACUGAUGUGCGCGCUGUAUCCGAUCCUGCUUGUGGUCUUCAAGCUCGUCCAGCAAGCGUGCAUCACGUCGUUGGCGCCGGACGUGGAGCCGCUGGUGGAGUUUGGCUCGUUGGCGCUAGCGGCGCUGCCGUACCGGAUUGUUUUCCUCGGCCUCGACAACUGGAUCACCUUUGCUCUUGUGCUCUGCGUGGAGCUGGUAUUUAAGGCGCUGGUGUAUCCUGUUCAGAUUUCUUCGUGGUGGACGUCGAUUCGGGCAUCGCUCCGGUCACGUCUCCCGUCGUGGUGCGGCAAGGGCGGCGCGCCGGAAAGCAAUGCGCUGAUGGCAAGCACAGCGUCGCUGCGAUCUGCGGACGGACGGAUAGGGCAUACGGGACGGCUUGCGCUGCUGGGUAGUUCUGAGGCUGUGCGACACACACGACUUGCGCUCAAGUUCUUUUUCCACUCGCUGGUGGACACGGUGUCGAUUGUGGGCGCAGCAGUGGUGCUGGCGUACUUGCGAUUUGAGCGGCAAGCGUCGCCCGUGGCAGAGGCCACGGUGUCGAACACGUUUUUCCAGCGGCUGAUGGUGCAGUACGGUCUGCAGUUUGCGGUGGAGAUUGUGUUUGCGGUGGUGUGCGUGGCGGCGACGCGGUAUGCGCUCGGUGUGGAACAUUUUGCACCACUGCGGAUCGGACGCGAGCCGCUGAUCGACCACGCCACGGCGCUCGGCAUGUUCUACACUGUGGUGUACGUGGGGACGUUUGUUGUGGUGGAUGGCGAGAACAUUCCGCCGCGAUAAGUGAGUCAACACCCUUCAGGCUGGGCCGAGCUUGC